UUAUCUGAUAUGUAUUACGAAGGUUAUCAACAGAGCCCAUUACAUUGGUCAGAUUAGAUAACCGAGGACCAGGAUUGCAUGCCUCGCGUGAACCGACACGGUCGUCGGCCGUAUUCUCUCUCUCGUCUUUCCUUCCUGCCGCCUCCAGCAGUCUUCAGAGCCAGAGUCGCUCUCCUGAUGGGCCUCUCUUUCGCUAGUUUUGCCUGCUCAAGAUGAACUGCAUCCUCAGAACUUCGGUCUUGAAGAGCGCAAGCCCGAGGGCUCCAGCUCUACCAUGCCGAUCAUGUGUACAGUCUCGAACACUCUGGCUCGCGCGUAGCAAUCUAGUCUCUCGUCCGCGAACAACCCUCCGGGCGGCCUUCAUUGGCUCCCGUGGAACGCAACAGUCCGCACCUCAACCUCCAGCGAACGGGGGCGUGCAACCCUCGCCUCCGAAUACACCAACACCUGCUGCCAAGGCCGCGCAGAGUGCACCAUCUGCCACUAGUGACACUGAACAUGUCAGUCAGGCAGAGCAGCGGAAGAAGGACUGGGGCAUCGUGAAGCGGUUAGUAGAGAACAUAUGGCCGAAGAACGACUGGUCGACUCGCAGUCGAGUGAUACUUGGCUUCGGACUCCUCAUAAGCGGAAAGCUCCUGAACGUCCAAGUACCGCUAAUAUUCAAGCAGAUCAUUGACUCGCUGAACGUAGACAUCACUGCUGCAUCUACAGUCUGGGUAGUAGUCGGGUCACUCAUCGCGGGUUAUGGCGCAGCACGUAUUGGUGCCACUCUGUUUGGGGAACUUCUCAACGCAACCUUCGCUAGCGUCGGGCAGCGUGCGAUACGGAAGGUCGCUCGGGACACAUUCGAGCAUCUAUUGAACCUGGACCUCAAAUUCCACCUUUCGAGACAGACAGGUGGUCUCACACGAGCGAUUGACCGGGGAACGAAAGGCAUCACCUUCGUAUUGCAGGCGAUCAUCUUCCGGAUUGUCCCUACAGCACUCGAGAUCUCGCUUGUAUGCGGCAUCUUGUCAUAUAAGUUCGGAUGGAGCUUCGCAGCCAUCACAGCCGUUACAAUGGCGGCUUACACGUGGUUCACAGUGCGUACAACGUCGUGGAGAACGCGCUUCCGACGAGAAGCAAACUCUGCGGAUAACAAGGCUGCGACGCUGGCCGUCGACUCUCUAAUCAACUACGAGGCCGUCAAGCACUUCAAUAAUGAGAAGCACGAGAUUGCUCGAUACGAUAAACAUCUCUCUACGUACGAGAAGGCAUCUAUCAAGAUUGCCACGUCGUUAGCCUACCUCAACUCGGGGCAGAAUGUCAUUUUCUCGUCAGCAUUGACUGCCACGAUGUUCCUUGCCGCUCAAGGGGUGAUAAACGGAACCAUGACGGUCGGCGAUCUCGUUAUGGUCAACCAACUCGUGUUCCAGUUAUCUCUGCCGUUGAACUUCCUUGGUACCAUUUACCGAGAAAUGAGACAAAGUCUUCUGGACAUGGAGACACUGUUCAGCCUGGUCACCCAGAAUCAGCCGCCUAAGGACAAACCGAACGCGAAGCCCCUGCAGCUCCAAGGCGGUUCCAUUCGCUUCGAGAACGUCGGGUUCGCCUACCACCCCGACCGCUCGAUCUUCCGCAACAUCUCCUUCACCAUCCCCGCAGGCAAGAAGAUCGCGCUCGUCGGCCCCUCCGGCUGCGGCAAGUCCACCGUCUUCCGGCUUCUCUUCCGGUUCUACGAGCCCUCCUCCGGGCGCAUCCUCGUGGACGGCCAGGACAUCUCCGAAGUGCAGCUGGCGUCUCUCCGCUCGGCCAUCGGUGUCGUACCGCAGGACACGCCCCUCUUCCACUCGGACGUUCUGGAGAACGUGCGGUACGGCAGGCUGGACGCCUCGGACGAGGAGGUCAUGGAGGCUGCGCGGAAAGCCCAUGUCCACGACGCUAUCAUGCGCUUGCCCGAGGGCUACACGACCAAGGUCGGCGAGCGGGGCCUGAUGAUCUCUGGCGGAGAGAAGCAACGUCUGGCGGUGGCGCGCGUGUUGCUCAAGGACCCACCAAUUUUGUUCUUCGACGAGGCUACAUCUGCGCUGGAUGCUCAUUCGGAGGCGGAGCUGAUGAAGAAUAUCAACACCCUUCUCCAGGACAAGAGCCGCACGAGCAUUUUCAUUGCCCACCGGCUGCGUACCGUCGUCGAGUCAGAUUUGAUCCUUGUACUGAAGGACGGAGAGGUUGUGGAGCAAGGUACACAUGACGAGCUGAUACGCAAGGGCGGCUUGUACCACAGCAUGUGGCUUGAACAAGCAUACCAGGAGCAAACUGCCGACGCGGAAGAAGAGGCUUGACGUGAUCAGACUCGAUCAGAAACUGUACCAACUGCGUCACAAUGCUAUUCUAUUAGCCCCAUGGUAUCCUGUUUUGUGUAGUAGACUGUUGUUACACACACUGCUCCCAACUACCGAUGAGCCCGUCCAACUAUAGCACAUGUUUUCCGAAAAUGUUUGCCCAGCCCUUCCUACUCGAUUCUUCCUCUCAGCCAGCUGAGUAGUCCCUUGGUCCCUUCCCUUUCCCAGACUCUCCUCUGAGGUACCCUGAAACUGCAAAGCCGAUCGUCAGCAUGAGGUUGCGGAGAGUAGCUGAAUGACAUACACGUUGCCGUCCACUAAGAACACGUCGAGCGACAGCAGUCCCAACUCUGGCGGGAUUUUUCCUAUCUCGUUGUCCCGCAGAUCCAGUUCCUCGAGCCUCCACUGCGGCACAUCUCGGUUCCCCUUGAACAUCUCAGCGAGACCUUGGAAGCCAUC